AUGAUGGCUCCAGACGCGGAGAAUUGCGAAGAGGUGGAAAGGCUAAAUGGGGAGGAGUUCCAAGAAGUUCCUGUUCAUCAGGGCAGGCGAGUACAACCGGAGGAGCCGCCGGCAGUACAAGCCUGGACAGAAAACGAGGAGCUAGAACGUUCAGGAGGAGACAGCAGAACCAAUAGCCCGGGGGAGAACAGGCGUCUUCUUGGUCAUGCAAAGGUUCCACCUGCCAAGGCCAAAUCUCGUCUUCAAGCGGGACUCACACUCGCCGUCUGGGGAGUACCGAAAGAGAAUGGCAAGAAGAAACCGACGAAAGGACAACUCCCCGGUGAUACGAAAGAGACAAAAACAAAAUUCCAGAAACGAAGAGAGAAACUAAUCGCAGCAUUUAAGCCGCCGUAUUUCAUUCUCACCAUGAUAGUUGCAAUAGUAUGCAUCCAUGCGCUGGGUACGGAAGCAAGUGCGCGCGCAGUUGGAGUGGGCCCCCGGGGCCUGGUGGCGAAAGCCCUGGCGGCUGCUCACGUACGGCUGCAUCCACGCCAGCAACGCCCACCUAGCUCUCAACGCACUCGUAGCCUUAGCUGUGGGUUGGCGCCU